UUUUUAAUCAAAUGAUUCCAUCUCAGUUCCGGUUGCUCGUGUUUUCUGAAUAAUUUUCCGAGAACUCAGUAAAAAAGGGGGAAAAAAAAAAGAAAAAGGAAAAGGAACCCAUUUGACGAUACUCACCGACCCUUCUCUGUCUUUCCCUCGCGGAUGCAAUAAUAAAUCGCCAUCGUUAUCCCCUUCCUAUUUUAUUGUGAAGAAAAACAAGUGUAGUUAUGGAAGGGAAUGAAAGCGGCGGUGGUAUUCAAGAGGCUCCCAUAGUUGACGAUCCUAAUCAAUUUGGAGACAACUCCACAGAAGGUGCCGUGUUUGACGCCUCUCAAUAUGCAUUCUUUGGUAAAGAUCUUGUUGAGGAUGUCGAGUUAGGGGGAUUGGAGGAUGAAGUGGAGGACUUGCCUGCAACUGAGUUUGAUGAGGAAGAGUUUCUCUUUGGUAGACAAGAGGGUGAGGUUGUAAGAUCUCUUUCUGAUAUUGAUGAUCUUGCUAGUACAUUUUCAAAGUUGAACAAGGUUGUCAGUGGACCAAGGGGAGCAGGAGUAAUUGGUGAUAGGGGAUCCAGAGAAAGUUCAUCUGCUGCUGAAUGGGCCCAGGGGGAGGAUUUUCCCAACUGGUUGGAUCAACAGCAGCUACUUGAUCCUGAAGGUAUCCAGGACGGAAAAAGAUGGUCCUCGCAGCCUUAUGCUUCUUCUGCUCGCCUUUUGGAAUUAAAGCCUUUGUACAGAACAUCUUCAUACCCUGAGCAGCAGCAACAGCACCAUCAACACUUCUCCAGUGAGCCAAUUCUUGUGGCUAAGUCUUCUUACACUUCGUACCCUCCCCCUGGUGGACAAUCUCCACAGGCUUCGCCGAAUCAUAGUCAUCUAAAUAUUCCAUAUCUUGGUGGUGGUCCCCAAAUGGCAAUUUCUUUACCAAACCUCUCCCCCUUUUCUAGUCCUCAGCUUCAGUUGACAGGCUUACAUCAUGGGUCACCACAUUUUGGUGGAAAUUUGUCACAGUUUUCUUCUGGUCCAUCUGCAAAUAGCCGGCUACCUAACCAAUGGGUUAACCAUACAGGUUUGUAUCCGGGAGAUCAUCCCAACCGUUUGUUGCAGCAACAACUAUCUCAUCAAAAUGGUUUAAUGCCUCCACAGUUGAUGCCACAAAUGCAGCCACAGCAGCAUAGACUGCAUCAUCCAAUUCAGCCAUCAUUAGGCCACUUAUCUGGAAUGCAGUCUCAAAUAUUUACACCUCAUCUUUCUUCAUCUGCACCCAUGAUGAGCAAGUUUGAAGCAGUGCUUCUGGGUGAUAUUAGAGAUCAGAGACCAAAAUCAGCUCAGAAAGGUAGACAAAAUUUGCGUUAUUCUCAACAGGGAUUUGAUACUAAUGGGCAGAAGAUUGACAGUGUCUGGUCUCAGUUCAGAUCCAAGUACAUGUCAUCUGAUGAAAUUGAGAGUAUUCUCAGAAUGCAGCUUGCUGCGACACACAGUAAUGACCCAUAUGUGGAUGAUUACUAUCACCAGGCUUGUCUUGCAAAAAAGUCAGCUGGGGCAAAACUCAAGCAUCAUUUCUGCCCGACUCACUUGAGGGAUCUUCCCCCUCGAGCACGGGCUAACACAGAGCCUCAUGCUUUUCUCCAGGUUGAUGCGCUUGGAAGGACGCCCUUUUCUUCAAUUCGCAGACCUCGUCCACUUCUUGAGGUUGACCCUCCAAACUCAUCUAUUAGUGGUGGAACUGAUCAGAAAGUUUCUGAGAAACCCCUAGAACAGGAGCCAAUGCUUGCAGCUAGAGUGACAAUUGAAGAUGGUCUUUGCCUCCUCCUGGAUGUAGAUGAUAUUGACCGUUUUCUAGAAUUUAAUCAACUUCAAGAUGGAGGAGUCCAAUUGAGACGCAGGAGGCAGGCCUUGUUGGAAGGGCUUGCGGCAUCCCUGCAAUUGGUUGACCCACUCGGAAAGAAUGGACAUACUGUGGGACUUGCUCCAAAAGAUGAUCUUGUGUUCUUACGAUUAGCUUCUCUUCCCAAGGGCCGGAAGCUGCUUGACAGGUACCUUCAGCUUCUUUCUUCCGGUAAUGACCUCAUGCGAAUUGUCUGCAUGGCUAUUUUUCGUCAUCUGAGGUUUUUGUUUGGAGGUAUCCCAUCUGAUCUUGGAGCAGCAGAGACUACAAAUAACCUUGCAAGAGUUGUAUCAUUAUGUGCCUGCCACAUGGAUCUUGGUUCCCUUAGUGCUUGUCUUGCAGCAGUUGUUUGUUCCUCAGAGCAGCCUCCACUUCGCCCCCUUGGAAGCUCUGCUGGAAAUGGGGCUUCUCUCAUUUUAUUGUCUGUUCUUGAGAGGGCAACUGAAUUAUUGAAUGAGCUUCAAGAUGCUAGCAACUAUAAUGUUACAAAUCGGGCACUUUGGAAGGCCUCGUUUGAUGAGUUUUUUGGCCUACUUAUAAAGUACUGCAUAAAUAAAUAUGAUAGUAUUAUGCAGUCUUCUUUACAAGAUCCAGCUGAAGCUAUUAAGAGGGAACUACCCAUGGAGAUCCUUCGAGCCAGUGUUCCCCACACAGAUGACUACCAGAAAAAGAUGAUGUAUGAUCUUUCCCAGCGUUCCUUAGUUAGUCAAGAUGGUUGUCCCAUGAAUUCUGAAUCAGUGUUGAGUUGAUACUGUGUCGCAUGAAAAUAUGAUAGAAAUUGAAAAGCUGUGUCCUGAAUUGCCAAGUUACUGAAAGACUGAAUGUGAAAGAUACUGUUGGACCAGCAAUGUUAUGGGGUUUUUGUUUACUUGCGCCUUUACACUAUGGCUAAUUAGGAAUACGUGGAGUAAAUGAAGCAGAAGCUUUGGAGCAACCUACUGCAAAGUCAUUUUAGUUCUUUCAGAUUUUAGUAUAUUUUAGUCAUUUUCACUCUAUUCUGUGCAACUUUCUUGGCCAAACCUGUAACCGGGCUGUGUUGUAUUGUGGUAGCAAUCUGUUGGGUUUUUCCAUUUCUUUGGGUAUUUUCAUUCCUCUUAUUUUAGGGGCCUAUUUGAUGCUCUGUUGUGGAAUUCUCAAUAUGGAGGCAUAGGGUGUACAGGGUUCGGUACAUAGAUUCCCAACUUCUCCUCUAAUAUUUGUUAUCCAGGAGAUGGUGGAUGUUACGUUCAUGUUUUUCUGUUACGAAGCUUAUGGGCUAUGGCCUAUGUGCCAUAGUACCUUGUUAAUUGGUAAUAAAGCUAUGCUAAUGCUGGUGGUUUGUAGUU